ACUACUACUACUACUACUACUACUAUUCCCACUACUUUCGUCUUGGUUCUACCUCCAUUCGUUCCACUAUUAGUCGCUGACCUCAGUAAUCAUGAGGGUCUCUACUUCGGUUGCACUCGCCUCUCUCUUGGCCAUGGCCCAGGCUCAUCCUCCGGGCGCCUGGUGGGGCACGGAUGAUUGCUAUACUAGCCCGGAUAAUACCAAUAAUGAAUGCUCUGACGAGAUGCGCGGUGGAUUCGACUGGGCUGGCCUCACCGUCGGUCCUUUCGACUUCUUCGCUGGCUUCGCGUUUUCUGGGUUCUCUUUCAGCAGCAGCUUCAGUGGUGCUGUUGGUGGUGGCUUUGCCGGUCAAUGCAUUGAGUCGAAUCUCUCCAAGGAUGACGAGACGUCCCCGGAGGUCUCGUCCGGCAGCGAUAAGACCUUCUCCAUCAGCAAACUUCACCUGGUGACCUCCGAAGAGGCUGAGAUCAAGAUCAUCUAUGACAUGCCUGAUGAUUCUUCCUGCAAGCAUGUUGCCCCAAUCUCUCCGAAGGGAACUGUUGUCACCAACGACCAGUGCGGUGGUGCCAGCUCCGUCCGAUUUGAACUCGCAGAGGAGGCCACCGUGGAUGAUGUAGUCUUCGGUAUCCAGAAAAUCGAGUUCGAAUGCUCCGCUGGCCAGAAGACUCCGACUCCCUCUCAUCACCAUACGAGUCCGACUGCGACUGGACACUCGUCUACCCCAGUGAUUCCAGUCCCGUCAUCGUCCAAUGCAGUCACGCCUCCUGCUCUUAGCACUCCCGUCAGGAUGACCACUUCGACCGUGUAUACUACAAGCCUGAUCACCAUCACGAGCUGUGCUCCGACUGUUACCAACUGCCCUGGUGAUUCGACCACGGUUGUCACUUCCACCAUUGCUGUCUCGACCACUGUCUGCCCGGUCACCUCGACUACAACUCCCGCGAAGCCUACUGAAACUCCUGUGAAGCCUACCGAAACCCCCGGGAAGCCUACUGGAACUCCAGCGAAGCCUACUGAAACUCCAGCGAAGCCUACCGAAACCCCCGAGAAGCCUACUGGAAGCUCCCCUGUUGGCGGUUCCUCCGAGGUUCCCUCUCCAAGCAGCCCCGCUCCCACAGGUACUGCUGGUACUUCGUCGGGAGUUCACCCAACUAGCCAUGGUGGAUCUUCCUCCAUCCCUCCAGAGUCGACCACCACUGUGGUGACAUGGGAAACCCUGACCACCUGUCCAGUGACCACUACCGCUACUUCUGACGGCGUCACCACCACUUCCGUCUACAGCACGGUGUCCACGGUCACCCUUACGUCGACAUCUACCAUUUGCAACAAGUGCACUGCUACUCCUCCCACUGGCAAACCCACUGGCACCCCGAGCGGAACCUCUCCUACCCCGACAGGCGUUUCCCCCGAGGAGCCUCCUGAGGAUUCCACCACGACCGUCGUUACAUAUACCACCGUGACCGACUGUCCAGUAACCACGACUGCUACUACCGGUGGCACCACCACCACUUCCGUCUACACAACCCAGUCAACCGUUACCUUGACCUCGACCUCCACGGUGUGCACCAAGUGCUCCUUCACCCCGGCCCCUACCGGAGUCGCGCCUAUCAGUACUCCUGCCGAGGCUGCAACGACAGUCGUCACCUACGAAACCGUGACCACUUGCCCCGUCACUACGACUAUCACCUCCGGUGGAUCCACAACUACGUCUGUCUUCACCACUAUCUCGACAGUGACAAAGACCUCCAGCUCUGCCGUGAAGCCAACUGGAAUUCCCUCUUCUCCUGCUCCCUCUUCACCCCCUCCAUCAGCGCCAUGCCCUAACUUGGUGCCCAAGUGCAUCAACACCUGGCUCCCUCUCCUGCCCAAGUGUACUUCCAACGCGGAGCCUGGUUGUUUCUGCCCAAGCCAUGAGUUCACGGACAAGGUUAUCAGUUGUAUUCAGGCUUGGGGUACAUCCAAAGAAGAGAUCCAGGCCGCGCUCUCCUACUUCGCCGGUAUCUGUGCUGCCUAUGUCCCUGGAAACCCAGGCAUUGUCACUGGUAUUCCGAGCACCAUCACUCUGACCCCCACUCCUGCCCCAACAGGUGUCACCCCUGUGACCGGCACCAGUGCGGCACCACAGCCAACCGCCGCUCCAGAGGUUCCUCUCACGACCAUCAUCUACUCCACCUACACGGUGGCUGUGCCCCAAGUUACCUUUACCACCGGGACCUCUGGCCACUCGACUACCGUCGGCUUGAUUCCGGGCCCUGCCCCAACCGGUGUAUCCCCAGGUCACUCCUCGGGCAUCCCGAACCCAUGGGUCUCCGCCUCGUCUACCUGGGUAUCCAGCCAUCAUCCUAGCUCGACAGCCAAGCCAUCAUCUACCUAUACCCCUCCUCCCCUGGCUAACACUGCCUCCUCUGUGUCCACCAGCUUCUGGCUGGCCAUGGGAGUCGCCACUCUCUUAAGCAUCUUCUUCUGAUUAUAACACUCUUCUUUUUCAUAUUUGAUUUUGCUUUCACAGACCAUGUUACUUAACCCAUGCUUCUCAGAUUGUUAAUAGGUCGUGACAUGUAGGUCACCGAGAUGAAUCUGGAUAGUAAAUGUAGCAAGUCUCUUUUCUUCGAAUUUACAAUGCCUGCCGUGCUUUCUGCUUUCUGCUUUCAAGUCUUGUUUUCAAAAUAAGCCAUGCAAUAAUACCAUUCUCAUGACAGACAA